AUACAAACAAGUGUAUUGUAUUGCUAUAUAAUCGUAAUUUAGACUAAUCAUAUAAGGAAAUGAGAUACGUUAAAACAAGGUUAUAUGGAAUGAGAAUGCUAAAAAAGGAUGUAUUUCAGAAGAUUUUAACUUCAAAUUUAGGUUUAAAUUCCGAUGAAAUCAAACAAUUUGUCGAUAUGAAUAAUAAAACAAUAACUUAUAGUAGACACAGGUUAAUAAACAAUUGUCAGUUAUGUCGAAUACAUAAAGUUGAAGUAAAACCACUUGAACAUUUCGGAUAUUGCUUGAAGUUGCUUCCUCAUACGUUGGAGCAUAGAAUUAAUAUGCUAAAAGAUAUAGGAGUACAAAAACUGAAUGUAACUCUAAUAAGCAAAAUAAUAAGUCAAUUGAACAAACCUGUAUAUAAAUUUAAAGAACAGACUUAUAUCCCAUAUGAACAAGAUGUAAAGGAGAAUAUAUUCAACAGACUUUACGAAUCUCCGACUGAUAUGUCUCUAUUGAACUUGAAUAAUGAAAUAAAAAUUAAAGAAUAUUACAACAAGUGCUAUCUGUUUUGUAAAACUCAGAUAUUUAAUUUGCCCAACUUAGACAACGAAAUAUUAUUGAAAGGUGAAUUGAAAAAUAAAAGCAUAAGUAUGAUUGCAGAAAUGUUAAAAAUACUUCGGCUUGAUCUUGGUUUUAUUAAUAAGUAUAUAGAAAAAAAUCCCAAGAUCAUCACUGCAUCUCCUGAGAAUGUAAAGUCAUUACUGAACAACUUCAAAGAUACGGGUCUUGUUGGAUUACCAAUUGAAACAGUUUUGAAGAAGCACUCAUAUUUGUUAUUUGAAGAUGCAAACAACAUAAAGCAUUUACUACAAUUAUUUGAACACUAUGAAAUACCAGAAGAUUAUGUGCAUAAGUUCAUGAAAAUCUUCACUUUGGGCAGUGAUGUCUUUCUCGAACGAAUGACAAUGAUAAUGAAACACCCGGACUUACAAUUAUGGCAUAAAUAUCCGCGAAUCUUGCAACUGAUUCUUUACAAAAAUAUGGCCAUGGAUCGUGUGGAGUAUCUUCGUUACAUAAAUCGCAUCAAGUGGGCCCGUGCUCACACGGUCUUGUCACAAACAAAGACAAUGGACCGAUUUCUCCAAUAUGGUUCUAGUACACUUAUGUCGCAAAAGCCUCUACGUUAUCUGCUCAACACUAAACUGAAAAUUCCAUUGACAAAUGUUGAAGUAGUCAAAAAAUUGAUGAAACAUCCGCAUUGGAAGACAGCCGGUUUCCAUGACAUUGGAAAGAUGUUGGAUUAUCUGAUGGAGAAUUUCACAGUUGAUGAAAUAUGCGCCAAUAUACACAUCGUGCUUUAUUCACGAUCCGUAAUUGAGGAAUUAUUAGCUGAUCUACGAAAAAAAUAUUCUCAGAGUACGGAAUAUUCCUUCACCAAUAGGCAAUAUCUAGCGCUCUGUCUAUACAUGAUAGAGAAGGACACUCACUUCACAGGCGACGGGAUCUGGAAUAAAGGGCACAAUACACAGAAACAAUCUUCGUGUUUAUCAAAGAAUUAACAUAUUAUGGAUAGUGAUGCAAAUGUUGAUGAUUCCAGUGUUAAGAUUACUAACAAAGUUGACGCUAAUGUAACAAGAACGAGGUACCUGUAACGACGAUAUAAUGAAAUAUAUAAUGUACAUAAACAUC